CUCUCCUCACAUGCGUGACAGUUGACACCAUCCCCUCCCUCCCCCUUAUGUAGGUAGGAUUCAUAUUUUAUUUAUCUCCUUAUCCUUCUAAGCUUGGCUUAGUUUAUGGAUGGCUCUAUAAACUAAUUAUGCAAUUUGCAAUUCCUUCCUUUCUUUUUCUUUAAAAAAAGAGAUCAAAUUGUUAGAUUAGAUAGACAGACAGAGCGACAGACGAUUGAAUUUGUCGGCCAUCUUUGAGUUUGUCCCUUCACCUCUCGACGACGUGGUGGCAGUCACCAAUUCUCCAAUUCUCCAAUUCACACACUCCUUCUCUUCCUCUAAUUCUUUACAUAUAAAACAAAUACACACACACCCAACUUCAUUCCUUCCCCCCUUAUCAAACGCCGACCCCUCCAGUACACCAAUUCCAACUCUUUCUCUUCCACUUUUCCUUCACUCUCCUUCCUGACUCGGUCUCUUCAUACUAUGGUUGUUGUAUAAUUUUGCUCUCGUAUCAUGGAAGAAUCCGUAGAAACGACUAUUCCGGAGAAGCGCAAGCAAUCGGGGCGACAAGAGAAGCCAUACAGAGGAAUUAGGAUGAGGAAAUGGGGAAAAUGGGUAGCUGAGAUCAGAGAGCCAAACAAGAGGUCUAGGAUUUGGCUUGGUUCUUACACAACCCCUCUCGCCGCUGCUAGAGCCUACGACACCGCAGUCUUCUACUUACGAGGUCCAUCCGCCCGUCUCAACUUUCCGGACCUGAUUUUACAAGACAUGGAUCACCAGCUUCUUGACGUUUCACCUUCUUCAAUCCGAAAAAGAGCGAUUGAGGUGGGUGCCAGAGUGGACGCCGCCGCUCAUCAAACUUCUCUCCGCCAAUCCAAACCCAUCUCAGACAAGCCCGAUUUGAACCAGUUUCCGGACCCGGAAAGCUCUGGUGAAGAUUAAUCCAUGAUCACUGUUUCAUAGCCUUUUCCACUUCUGUAUUUUCCCCUGUUUUUUUUUCUUUUCCAUAUCUCCCACUCCAAAAAGAGAUUCAAACCCUUGAGAUUUUGGAAAUUAAAAAAUGGGAUGGACCCAUAUGGUUCCCUUCUUGAUUUGCUAUAUAUCUAAAAAUAUAGCUUCAAAUUUGUAACAGGGGAGAUGGUAAACCAAAUAUGUUGAUCGAUCCCUACAGUAAUCUAUCUUAAUUUUUUUUGUUGCCUGCAUUAUUUUCUUGUGAUUAGUAUAGAUUUCUUUUUUCUUUUUUUACA